AUGGUGGGGACAUUCUUUCUACUCUGUAUCGUAUCCUGUCUCCUGCUGCUGGUUGUGCUGAGGCCUCGGAGGCCCAGGAACUUCCCGCCGGGACCACCGCCUGUUCCCAUAUUUGGGAACGUUCUGCAGCUGAGCAUGAAGAAUCCUAUGGCUGGCUUGGAUAAGCUGUCCGGAGAGUAUGGUGAGGUGUACAGCCUGUUCCUGGGCUGGAGGCCUGCCGUGGUGCUCCAUGGUCUACAGGCGCUACGGGAGGCACUGGUGACUAAAUCCGUGGACUUCGCUGGACGACCACAGGGCAUGAUGGUCAACCACGUUACAGAGGACAAAGGUCUGAUCAUGGGUAACUACGGGGCGGUGUGGAAGGAGCACCGGCGCUUUGCUCUGACCACCAUGAAGAACUUUGUUCUGGGGAAGAGAUCCAUGGAGGAGAGGAUCCUGGAGGAGACGGAUCACGUCUGCACUCGGCUGGGAGAGAAUGCAGGUAAAUCCUUGGACCCUGUGACUCUGGUCCACAGCGCUGCGUCCAACAUCAUCUGCUCGGUCCUGUUUGGUCAUCGCUAUGACUACCAGGACCCGGUCCUGUCCUUCAUCAUCAACAGCUUCAAGGAGAAUGCUCAGAUUGCUAACGGGCCCUGGGCUGCUGUCUAUGACAGCUUCCCGCUGCUGCGGCGGCUGCCCCUCCCCUUCCAGAGAGUGUUUGACAACUACAGAGCUCUGAAGAAACACACCGUGGAACUAGUGGAGCAGCACAAACGCACACGUGCACCGGGGGAGCCGCGAGAUGUCGUAGACUGCUAUCUGGAUGAGAUGGACAAGAGAGGUCCAGAGGGGGGUGUGCUGGAAGAGGGGAGGUUGGUGAUGUUACUACUGGACCUCCAUUUCGCUGGGACUGACACUAGCUCCAAUUCCAUACUCACGGCGCUGCUCUACCUAGCUACACACACACACAUACAGGCCCAAUGUCAGACAGAGAUUGACAGUGUUCUGGGGGGGAAGGAGAGAGUGUCGUUUGAGGACAGACACAGGAUGCCCUAUGUGAUGGCCACUAUCCAUGAGACCCAGCGUCUAGCCAACAUCGCACCGCUAGGGGUGUUUCAUGCUACCAUCAGACCCACCAAGCUCAUGGGCUAUGACAUACCAGAGGUACACACACAGAUAACCUUUUAAAUUACACACACACACUCACACAAGAGACAGAUCUGGUCAAUGUUGGCCCUUUGGGGAACAAGACUUGUGGGCUAUAACAUACCCAAGGUGAUAAGUGACAUUCACACACAAGCACACACACACACA